CUCGGUGACUCAGUGAGCGACAAACGCACGACGUUGUAUGAUGCAACGUCCGAGUCGAGGAAGCCGCUGGUGCGCUUUGGGGUGACAAGGCGGCAGCGUGUGGGAGACGAUGUCCUUGGAGGUGACUGGGGCCACCGCCGGGAUGGUACUAGCAGAGCUGUAUGUUUCGAAUCGAGAGGGAAAUGAUGCUACGGGAGAUGGAACCAGGGAGAAACCUUUUAAAACAGGUUUGAAGGCUUUGAUGACAGUGGGAAAAGAACCAUUUCCUACCAUUUACAUAGAUUCACAAAAAGAAAAUGAGAGGUGGGACGUUAUUUCUAAAUCACAGAUGAAGAACAUUAAAAAAAUGUGGCAUCGGGAACAAAUGAAGAAUGAAUCCCGGGAAAAGAAAGAGGCAGAAGACAAUUUGCGUAGAGAAAAAAACCUGGAAGAAGCAAAGAAGAUUUCUAUAAAAAAAGACCUAAGUCUUCCAGAGCCAAAAUGUGUGAAGAUUCAUGCAUUAGAAGGUUAUAGAGGCCAAAGAGUAAAGGUGUUUGGCUGGGUCCACAGGCUGCGUAGGCAAGGAAAGAAUUUAAUGUUUCUGGUGCUGCGAGAUGGUACAGGUUAUCUUCAGUGUGUCUUAUCGGAUGAUUUGUGUCAGUGUUACAAUGGACUCCUCUUGUCCACCGAGAGUAGUGUUGCAGUGUAUGGAAUGCUAAAUCUUACCCCAAAGGGCAAGCAGGCUCCAGGAGGUCAUGAGCUGAGUUGUGACUUCUGGGAACUGAUGGGGUUGGCCCCAGCUGGAGGAGCUGAUAACUUGAUCAACGAAGAGUCUGAUGUUGAUGUACAGCUCAACAACAGACACAUGAUGAUUCGAGGAGAAAACAUGUCCAAAAUCCUAAAAGCACGUUCCAUGGUCACCAGGUGCUUUAGAGAUCACUUCUUUGAUAGGGGGUACUGUGAAGUUACUCCACCAACAUUAGUGCAAACACAAGUAGAAGGUGGUGCUACACUCUUCAAGCUCGACUACUUUGGGGAAGAGGCAUUUUUGACUCAGUCCUCUCAGCUGUACUUGGAGACCUGCAUUCCAGCUCUGGGAGAUGUUUUUUGUAUUGCACAGUCAUACAGGGCCGAACAGUCCAGAACACGAAGGCACCUGGCUGAAUACACUCAUGUGGAAGCGGAGUGCCCUUUCCUGACCUUUGAGGAGCUCCUAGACCGACUGGAGGACUUGGUUUGUGAUGUGGUAGACAGAGUCUUGAAAUCACCUGCAGCAAGCAUAGUGUAUGACCUCAACCCGAACUUUAAGCCCCCCAAACGGCCUUUCAAACGGAUGAACUACUCAGAUGCUAUUGUUUGGCUAAAAGAACACAAUAUAAAGAAAGAAGAUGGGACUUUCUAUGAAUUUGGAGAAGAUAUCCCAGAAGCUCCUGAGAGACUGAUGACGGACACCAUUAAUGAGCCAAUCUUGCUGUGUCGAUUUCCUGUAGAGAUCAAGUCCUUCUAUAUGCAGCGAUGUCCUGAGGAUCCCCGCCUUACUGAAUCUGUUGACGUGUUGAUGCCCAAUGUUGGUGAGAUUGUGGGAGGCUCGAUGCGCAUCUGGGAUAGUGAAGAGAUUCUGGCAGGUUAUAAAAGGGAAGGAAUUGACCCUACUCCUUAUUACUGGUACACAGAUCAGAGAAAAUAUGGCACGUGUCCUCAUGGAGGAUAUGGCUUGGGCUUAGAACGAUUCUUAACCUGGAUUCUGAAUAGGUAUCACAUCCGAGAUGUAUGCUUAUACCCUCGGUUUGUCCAGCGCUGCAAGCCGUAACUCGUCCCUCCUAAAGCAUUAAGGGAAGAAUAUUGUUCAUGAAAGGGACAGACUGCCUCUUUAAAAAAAUUAAAAACCAAAAUUCUCCCCUUUUUAUUCUAUUGGAGUGUAUCUGUUUCUGGUCUCUUUUUCUUUUCUGUUUCCACUACCCCAAAAACCAAUCAAGUGACAUUGAUGGUGUCGUUUUAAGAAAAAAUACCUGUCACACAGUUUGGGGGAAAUAUGUGGCAUGUACCUGUACGGUUAUGUGUACAUUUCAACAUUAUAUCCAAUUAUAUGUUAUAAUCUUUGUGUUCCAUAUGCCAUAUAUAAUUAAUUUGUAAUUAUGGACUAAGACAUUCCAGUAACUUAAUCUUUCUGUCCUCUUAAGUUUAACUGGAAUUCUUUAAUUUAUAUCAUUUUAUUGUGUCAGUGAAUUAAAAUAGACAUCUUGGGAGAAAAUUGACAAUAUGGUGUAAAAAUCUAGUAGUAGAGUACAAUUCAACAGUAGAUACUGAAAUCAAAUACAGUCUUUUGCAUCAGUUAUUAAUCUUUUCUAAAUCUGUAUAGCUGCUUAUAAUUCUAAGGCAUACCUGAUUGAUAAUGAAAGACUUUGAAAGAAUGGAAUUGUCUUAAACAAUUUGAACUAAGAGCAAAAUUCUGGUGGUUUUUAAUGAACAGCAUCCUUCCUAGCUCUAGUGGAGGCUAAAGAGGCAGAGGUGAGAGUAAAGAUUUCCUCUGUCCUGGUCGUUCCUAAUUAAUUAAGAAUAAAUAAUUCCAAAAGAAUUUGCAGCUGGAAUCUUAAUGAUAACUGUAAGUGGCUGCUUAAGUCAUCCCACACUGUGUCCUUAGAUCUAAUCUCUGCUACCUUAUUAACUCUUAGCAGGGUUAUUGAAUGGCUUCAUUUCAGAUUUGGUUAAUUUCUCCCCCAAAAUGCAUGUCAUGUAUUCUCAAUAGGCUGUAUUCCUGGCAAUCAAUAAAUGGACACACAUAAAAACUUUGCGGGCUUUAUUUUUUUUUUAAGCUUAACAGCUUUGUCUCACACCAAUUCAUGCUUUUGCAUUUUUUAAUCUUUAUUUUUCAUGAUGCGUCUACGAAAUGAGAUAUUACUAAAUUUAGUAGUUAUUACUAAAAUUAUGUAAUGGGAUGGAAUGAUUUUUUAAAAUUAGAUGUGGGUUCUAGUUACAUCCUUUCUGUAAUCUUUUUAGUGUUAUUUUUGGGCGCAUUAGAUUAUAUCCUAUUUUGCAAUUAAAUGAAAGAUGGAAAUGGGGCAUUUAAAGUAUAUUUGGCUUGUAUCUUUAAAUAAAAAAUAUUUGUAAGAAUGUGAA